AGCAUGUGCAACAUCGAGACUGGCAUCAGCAUAAACAUCAAGAGAACGGACGGUUUGUUGGAUUGCUCACAUAGCUGUAUAUAUUCCGCCAGUGCUUCGACAACAGUAUUUAGGUCUUUCGGUCAUUCGGUGUAAAAAAAAAUCCGAGAUGGAGACCUCUGCAACUUUUGUCGUUCUCAUUUGUGCCUUGGUGUCUUCUCUGAUUGAGGCGAAUUCCAACUACGAUGGCACAUUUAAGUACUGUAAGAAAACUGGCCCGACCUCCGAAAUCUGCAAGCCCUGGGAUUCGUCAGCCGUCGUGGAGAUUGAAACGGAAGAUGUAUAUGAGGAGGGAAUUCCCACUUUGAACCUGUAUUUCAAGGAGGAUAGUUUCCAAAAAUUCAGGAAGUUGAAUUUAACAGAAGGGGCAUACAAGCGCUUCAACAUUUCAACUUCUCUUGUAUUUGAUGGUGUCAACAUUGACGGAGCAUCGGGCCCUUUUAUCAAUCAGGAUAAAGUCAAGGCCAUAAGCCUCAUGAACAACGGUCUUCAAGAAUUUCCUCGAGAUUUCUUCAGAGGUAUUUCGAAUCUGAUAUACGUUCAUGUAUCCCACCAAUAUUUUCCGACAUUAUCCAAACAUAUGUUCUCUGAGAUUUCGAAUAACAUAUUGACUCUCCGCUUGAUGCACAAUUCUGUGACGAAUAUCGAAGCGGAAGCUUUUUCAAACUUCCGUAAACUGAAAAAUCUGAUGUUGUCGAAUAAUGAGUUAACAGAGCUACAACCUAAUAUGUUCAUUGGUCUCGACAGUUUGCUAGCUCUUGAUUUGGAUAGAAAUAAAAUAAUCACCAUACAACCUGGAACUUUUGGAAGCCUAUUGAAACUGCGUUGGUUGUUUUUGAGAGACAAUCUAUUUGAAUCUCUACCCGAUGACAUUUUCACAGGUCUUGGUUUACAAUUACUGAGCUUUUCCGGAAAUUGGACCGAGCAUAGGUGUCAGUCUCUUUUCGAGCAUCUCGAUCAACUGCGCUUGGGAACUUGCGGACAUAUAAUCAUUAGAAAACAUAAAAGUGCAAUGAGAUUGUGAAUGUUGAGGCUUGUUAAAGAAAUGGUAAAUUCAAACUAGAUAUGAUCAUGAUAGCGCUACAUCAUGUGUAUUCGGAUAAAAAUAAUUGAUAUUGGCAAUAAACAGUG